GAGCGCAUCUGCUCGCCGCUGCGCUCUUCCUUUCUCUCGCCGCGGAUGCAGAAGAGACCAACCUCGGACAUCAAAUGACAUUUGUAACGGAGGAGACGCCAAAGGGGACGGGACUGACUCAUAACACAUUCAUAUGAGCAGUAGGGAGAUGCUGACAGGACAGAGGCUCUGCCAGUCAAAGUCCCACCAGGACUUGGUCCUCUCCGCUCUCAACCAGCAGAGGAAGGACGGCCUGCUGUGUGACGUCACCCUAGUGGCCGGUGAGCAGAAGUUCCACGCCCACAAAGCUGUCCUGGCAGCAUGCAGCGAUUACUUCAGGGCCAUGUUCAGCCUGUGCAUGGUGGAGAGUGAGGCAGACGAAGUGACUCUGCAAGGGGUGACCAGCGUUGGACUAAAGCACGCUUUAGACUUCGCCUACACUGGACAGAUUCUGCUGGAGCCGGCGGUGAUCCAGGACGUCCUGUCUGCAGGCAGCCACCUUCAGCUGCUGGAGCUCCUCAGCCUCUGCUCCCACUACCUCAUCCAGGAGCUGAGCAGCGUAAACUACCUGGAGCUGUACCGCGUUGCCGACCUGUUCCACCUCCCCGCCUUAGAGGAGGCUGUGGUGGGCUUCCUGGUGGAGCAUCUGUCUGAGCUGAGCCAGAGCCGGCAGGACGAGGCCCUGCAGCUGCCCUACCGCCUCCUCAGGGAGGUGCUGAAGAGCGACCGCCUCACCUCCCUGAGCGAGGAGGAGAUAUGGAAGUUGGUCGUUCUGUGGUUGGAACAUGACUGUCGCUACCAGUACACGGAGGAUCUUCUACAACAUGUCCGCUAUGGCCUGAUGGACGUCCCCACCCUGCACCACCUGGCCCACAGCCACCCUCUGGUCCAGUCCAGCCCCACCGCUGCCGCCCUGGUGGACGAGGCCCUAGACUAUCAUCACGCCACCUUUGCCCAGCCUCUUCGCCAGUCAGCCCGCACCAGGCCUCGCUUCCAGUCCCUCACCCUCUACAUAGCCGGAGGACGGAAGCGGGAGGUGAGCAGAGUCAGGGAGCUGCGGUAUUUCAACCCAGCCGCACAGGAGCACGUGCGUGUUGCAGGUGGGUCGAACUGGAGCGAGCUGGCGCCCAUGCCCACCGGGCGCAGCCACCACUGUGUGGCUGUAAUGGGGAACUUCCUAUUUGUUGUGGGUGGGGAGGUGGAGCAUGCGACCGGGAGGACGUGUGCAGUAAGGACUGCCUGUAGGUACGACCCCAGGGGCAACCGGUGGACUGAGAUAGCCCCCAUGAAGGCCUGCAGAGAACACUUUGUCCUGGGAGCUCUGGGUCAGUACCUGUACGCAGUGGGGGGCAGGAACGAGCUGAGGCAGGUGCUGCCCUCCGUGGAGCGCUACUGUCCCAAGAGGAACAAAUGGAUGUUUGUCCAACCCUUUGACCGCUCUCUGUCCUGCCACGCCGGCUGUGUGGCUGACAACCUGCUCUGGGUCUCAGGUGGGGUGACAAACACAGCUCAGUACCAGAAUCGACUAAUGGUGUACGAUCCAGAACAGGACCAGUGGUUGGCCCGCAGUCCCAUGCUGCAGAGGCGAGUUUACCAUGUCAUGGCGGCGGUGAGGAGGCAGCUCUAUGUGCUAGGCGGUAACGACCUGGACUACAACAACGACCGCAUCCUCGUCCGCCACAUCGACUCUUACAACAUGGACCUGGACCAGUGGACUCGCUGCUCCUUCAGCCUCCUCACGGGUCAAAACGAGUCCGGAAUAGCCGUCCAUGAUGACAGGAUCUAUGUGGUUGGAGGGUACUCCAUUUGGACCAACGAGCCUCUGGCAUGCAUUCAGGUGCUGGAUCUGAGCUCAGAGGGGAAGGAGGAGGUUUUCUACGGACCAACGUUGCCAUUUGCCUCCAAUGGUAUAGCAGCUUGUUUCCUCCCUGCUCCUUACUUCACCUGCCCAAACCUACAGACUCUACAAGUCCCCCAUCACAGAAUAGGUGCUGUCUAAACCCCUGAUGAACAAAACUUCAGAAAACAUGAACACACAAUCAGAGGAUGGAGGAACCUCUGCUCAACUCUGGACAGUCAGUAUUUGCAAAUAUGACUGACAAAAAUGUACCUGAUCAUAGUAAUCAUCUGGAACCUGUCACAAGAGUGCACAGGGAUUUCUCUGAGACCCAAAUGUAAUAACAUGAUUUUCCUGAUCUAUGAGAGCCAUGUUAUUCUGCAAGCUACUAGGAGACUCCGACACAAGCAGCUGUUAUAAUAAAACAGCAUUACUGUUGUAUUUCCCCAAAGGCAGAUGCCAUUCCUGAUGUCCAGUGAAGACGCGACGAGCAAGUUAAGAAAAAAUAACUCAAGAAGGAUUAUAAUUCCCUAAGAAGACACAAACAAAAUGCCAAUCAUAUGACCACGUAAUUGAUUGCUGAGUUGCUUAAAUGUCCACAAAUUAAAAAAAUAAAAAAUUUUAAACCCAUCAUAGGGCUUUACGAGCUUUUCUAGAUAAAAUAUCUACAUAAUAUCUCCAUCAAACCAAUAUAAUCACUCUGAUGGCUUGAAGAACAUGUGCAGAAUGUUUUUACAGAUAUAUAGGAACCUGUUUUCUCACUGACUCACUUGUACUUUGAAAUUACAGAUCGGGUUAACAAGUAUCAAGCGCCUGAGGCUGAAGCUCAUCAGUGCAUACAUGACCAUGUCAUUUUUUAGUUCAAACAAGGUAAAAACGAAUCGAUUUUUUCUGCAACAGCAGUGACAUACUACUGUAUGUGUGUAUGACAUCAACCUGUGUAAGAGUGUGAGAUUUCUAUUACGCUCAGGACCUAAGACUGUUGUUGUUCAAAUGAAUGUUUGGUCAUUAUCAUUAUUCAGAGAAUAUCUGCUGAACAUCCUCCAAAGUGUGUAUAUGAUAUGAUAAUAACUCUGCAUUACGCUGAUUUUCAAAAACAAUACUUUGACCAAAAGAGAGAAAACAUGAUCCCUGCACUUCCCUCGUCUGUCCAAAUCAUUGUGUCUGAAAGAAUACAUGGAAAGUUUU